AAAAACAUUUCUCAUCGUUGCCUUACUUAUCAGAUGUUUCGUGAAGAACUUCAGUAUAAGUAAAUAUCAUUUUUGACGUGAAAGUGAAUAGUGUGAGUGGUUAACAGCAAGUUCCAAAUUUGUUGAGUGGCGUGACGCACUUUUGAUAAAUAUAAAGUUAUAGGAAUGGGAAGAAUAAAAAAGAAUGUUUCUAUUCUUGUGAUAAUAUCUUUUUUAAUCGAAACAAAUGGCUUUUAUGUACCGGGUGUUGCACCAGUUGAAUUUAAGAAUGGGCAAAAAAUUGAUGUUAAAGCAGUUAAAAUGACAAGUACUCAUACACAAUUACCAUAUGAGUAUUAUUCGCUCAAGUUUUGUAGACCAAAGAAUGGAACAUUUAUUUAUAAAUCUGAAAAUUUGGGAGAAGUGUUACGUGGUGAUAGAAUUGUAAAUACACCAUAUGAAGUUAUGAUGAAACAAGAUAUAAACUGUAGGUUUUUAUGUCAUGGACCAAACAAUCCAAUGACAUGGAACGAUGAAGAAUCUCAAUGUGCAAUAGAACGUAUUCAGCACGAUUACUCAGUGCAUCUAUUAAUAGAUAAUUUGCCAGCUGCUACCAAGAAAUUUGUUAAAGGAACUAAUGGAGAAGUAGUUUAUCAUGGAUAUAGAUUAGGAGGUGUUAUAGGUGAUCAAGUUUAUAUUAAUAAUCAUUUGACAUUAAAAUUAGGAUACCAUGAACAUGGAGAAAAUCAAUUUAGAGUAGUAGAAUUUGAAGUGGAAGCUCGAUCAGUAGAUAUAAGUAAAUUGAAUUAUGAUGGAAACAAGUGUAUAUUACCAUCUCAAACAAGUCCUCAGUUUAUUAAUCCUAAAGGUACUAGACUGCUAUUCUUAUAUUCCGUGAAGUGGAAAAAAUCAGAUGUGAGUUGGGCAAGCAGAUGGGACACAUAUCUAGGAAUGAAUGAUGUUAAAAUUCAUUGGUUUUCUAUUAUAAAUUCACUCAUUGUAGUUUUUUUUCUAUAUGGUAUUUUUAUUACGAUCAUGGUAAGGACUCUUAAAAGAGAUAUAGCUCGUUAUAAUGCAGGUGAUAAUGAUAGUCUAGCUGGCUUAGACGAAAGCAUUGAAGAAACUGGUUGGAAAUUAGUUCAUGGAGAUGUUUUUAGACCACCUCCUAAUUCACGUUUGUUUGCUGCUGUAAUAGGCAAUGGCAUUCAAAUAUUUUUUAUGGCACUUAUUACAAUAUUUUUUGCCAUGCUUGGAAUGCUUUCACCAGCAAGUAGAGGAGCAUUAGGAACUUGUGCUAUAUUUUUAUUUGUAUUCUCUGGAUCAAUUGCUGGAUAUUUUUCUGCACGUUUGUAUAAAACUAUGCGAGGACGAGAAUGGAGAAAAGCUGCGUUAUUGACAGCAACACUUUAUCCUGGUAUAGUAUUUACUACAUGUUUUUUUCUAAACUUCUUCAUAUGGGGAAAACACAGUUCAGGAGCAGUUCCAUUUACCACUAUGUUAGCAUUGCUUUGCCUAUGGUUUGGCAUUUCACUUCCCUUAGUAUAUCUUGGAUAUUUCUUUGGUUAUCGUAAACAUCCGUUUACACAUCCUGUUAGAACAAACCAAAUUCCUAGACAAAUUCCAGAUCAGUUAUGGUAUAUGAAUCCAAUAUUUUGUACAUUGAUGGCUGGCAUACUACCAUUUGGUGUUGUCUUCAUAGAAUUGUUUUUUAUUUUGACAGCACUAUGGGAAAAUCAAUUUUAUUAUCUUUUUGGAUUUUUAUUUUUAGUAUUUUGUAUUCUUGUCAUUUCUUGCUCUCAAAUAUCUGUAGUUAUGGUGUAUUUGCAACUAUGUGCAGAAGAUUACAGAUGGUGGUGGAGAAGUUUUAUAGUUAGUGGAGGAUCAGCUGUAUAUAUGUUAGCAUAUUCAAUUUUUUACUUUAUGACCAAAUUAGAAAUAACAGAAUUGGUUCCAACGCUGAUGUAUUUUGCAUAUACAGCAUUAAUGGUGCUUACAUUUUGGUUGUUAACUGGUACAAUUGGCUUCUUUGCUGCAUAUGCUUUCAUUCGCAAAAUAUAUGCAGCAGUUAAAUAGACUAGUCAUAGUUGUCAUAAAUGAACUCAGUGAAUGAUGUGCGAAUGUAACCUUAUCUAUUAGUUUAUGGUGAGUGUUAGAAUAUUUUUUAAUUGUGAGAUUAAGAUGAAAGCAGUGUGUGUACUUGUUAAAUUAUUAAACAAAAUAAGAGUUUUAAUAAAAUCUACAAAUACAUAUUAUGUACGUAUGUAUGUAUACAGACGUAAUCAUACAUAUAACACAAUAUUUACAUACAUAAUACAAAAUACUAGUAAUAAAUUAUAAAAAAUUAUAAAUAGUUUAAAUAACAUGCAUUGUAUGUAUAUGAAUCCAUAAUAUUAUUUUCAGUGUAGAAAUGAACAAAUUUUUUCAUGCAUCACAAAAUUAUUAUAGAAGUAUUAUGUUUCCGUUGUGAAUCUGAAUUGUUGAUAAUUAUUAUACCUUUUAGUCCUUGUUUUUUAAUAUGGUAGAAGUACUUGGAAUGCAAGCAGAUAGAUUAUUAUUUGUCUAUUUUAAAUUAUGAAGAUUAAAAAAAAUGAAUUGGUUAUUAUUUAUUAUAAUGUAAAUUGGAUAAAUAUGAUUUGUUUUUUUAAUAGUAAUUUUAUAAACGCUGUGUAUAUUUUUAAUAUUGGCAUAGCAAACAAUUUCAAUUAUUAUUUUACAUUAAUGUAAUUUAUAUAAUGAUCUUCUUUAUUACAAUUAUAUACAUUUUUAUUCACAAUAUAGUUGUUACAUUUUAUAAAUGUGACUUUAUACAUUUAAUAAUGUUUUGUAUUAUGAUAUAAAUAAUGUAAAUAACAUAUCUGCUCAUGACAUGUAUUCAUUUAUAAUGUCUUUUUAAUACUAUUAGUGAUAUUCAUAU